AUGGAGAACUCAUCGGUGGCAUCAGCCUCCUCAGAGGCGGGGAGCAGCCGCUCUCAGGAGAUUGAGGAGCUGGAGCGUUUCAUCGACAGCUACGUCCUGGAGUACCAGGUCCAGGGGCUGCUGACGGAUAAAACGGAGGGGGACGGCGAGAGCGAGAAGACGCAGUCCCACGUCUCGCAGUGGACAGCGGAUUGUAGCGAGCAGCUUGAUGGCAGCUGUUCCCCAUCCCGAGGGAAGGGCUCAUCGUCUCACGAACACAAUCAGAACGGCAACAAGGAGAGCUCCCUUGACAUGCUGGGCACGGACAUCUGGGCUGCCAACACCUUUGAUUCCUUCAGUGGCGCGACAUGGGACUUGCAGCCUGAAAAACUAGAUUUCACCCAAUUUCACAGGAAGCUGCGCAACACCUCCAAACACCCGCUGCCUCACAUAGACAGAGAAGGGCUUGGAAAAGGGAAAUAUGAGGACGGUGACAGCAUCAACUUGAAUGACAUAGAGAAGGUUCUUCCAGUGUGGCAGGGUUACCAUCCGUUGCCUCAUGAAGCUGAAAUCGCACACACCAAAAAACUGUUCAGAAGGAGGAGAAACGACCGGAGGAGACAGCAAAGACUUCCCGGUGGGAACAAGCCUCAGCAGCACACAGAUCAUCAACAAGGUGGCACCAAACACAACAGGGACCACCAGAAACUCUACCAAGGAGGCCAGGCCCCUCACUCCUCAGGCCGGACGGGCCACCACGGCUACAGCCAGAACCGCAGAUGGCACCACAACCAGAAGCACUCACCCAACGACAAAGAAACGCACAGAAACACCAAAGAGACUGAGAAUUUGAAAAUUGAGGACACCUCUGUCUGCACGGUGCAUAUUCCCGUGGAGACGCACCGAGGCCCGGAGGCUGUGGAGAAGCAGUCUCAGCAGUACAUCCAGGAGUCAGAGACCAAGAGGAAAGACAGUAUUCAUGAGCGCAUUGGGGAAAGACCCAAGAUCAAUUUGCUUCAGUCUUCCAAAGACAGGCUGCGGAGGAGACUAAAAGAAAAGGACGAAGUCACGGUGGAAACCACCAAUCCUGAAAAGAACAAAAUGGACAAAUUAAUUGAAAUCCUCAACAGCAUGAGAAACAACAGCAGUGAUGUUGACUCCAAGCUCACCACCUUCAUGGAGGAAGCGCAGAACUCUACCAACUCUGAGGAGAUGCUGGGGGAGAUAGUCAAAACCAUCUACCAGAAAGCAGUGACGGACCGCAGCUUUGCUUCCACAGCAGCCAAGCUCUGUGACAAAAUGGCCCUCUUCAUGGUGGAAGGAACCAAAUUCCGGAGUCUGCUCCUCAACAUGUUGCAGAAGGAUUUCACCAUGCGGGAGGAGUUGCAGCAGCGGGACGUGGAGCGCUGGCUGGGGUUCAUCACCUUUCUCUGCGAAGUCUUCGGCACCAUGAGGAGCAGCACCGGAGAGCCCUUUCGAGUCCUUGUCUGCCCCAUUUAUACCUGCCUCAGGGAGUUGUUGCAAUCUCAGGAUGUGAAGGAAGACGCUGUGCUUUGCUGCUCCAUGGAGCUGCAGAGCACCGGCCGGCUGCUGGAGGAGCAGCUGCCCGAGAUGAUGACGGAGCUGUUGGCGAUAGCACGUGACAAGAUGCUGUGUCCCUCCGAGUCUAUGCUGACGCGGUCCCUGCUGCUGGAGGUCAUCGAGCUGCACGCCAACAACUGGAACCCCCUGACGCCCACCAUCACGCAGUACUACAACAAGACCAUCCAAAAACUGACGGCUUGAGGGGCAGGGCAAGGUGGGGUGGGAAGGGAC